AUGAUGGCAAAUAUGCGUAAUGCGGAGCUCGUGAUCGACACCCUUUCCAAUCUCCCUCGAUCCAACAGCGCAAGCAACACCCACGAACGAAGCCUCUCGGGCUCUCUCCUCUCAAGAAUUUCCUUCCUUCACUUGAACCAUCUACCGAACUCUCCACAGGGGCCACGCAAUAUGGAACAAGCAGGUUUCAACGAGGAUCUUCCCAACAUACCACAAAAUGCGACACAAACGGGUAGCAAGGCCAUGGCAGCAGUGAUACAACAACAGCGCCGCACGCGACGGCGACGUGGCUCCUUACGCAAGACCGCACUACUAGGCACACGACUAGAGUCCCGCGACAAAAGGGCUAUGAGCAAAAAUGCCGACUCCAUUCGCGCAGACCCUAGCAGACAGCUCGACGUGCUUCGCUUUCCGAAAGACGAGAACACACCACCAGAAAACACCUUCCCAGCUCGAGGCAGCUUCGACGAUGACGCCGAUGACUCCCGACAAAGCUGGUUUGGUGCCAACACAGGCCAUAAUAUACUCCGCCCGACCAUCUCGCGCCGCCACCAGGGUCUCGCACCGCACAACCUCCUAAAUGAAGAAACAGCCACCGACGACGAAGACCUCCUCUCUCUUCCCCGCAUCAACCCCUCCUCAACCACCAAUUUAGCAGGGAAAUCCGCCUCUGCAAAAGUCGCCUCCCCAACCGCGCUCCACAUCUCAACCGCUGGCUCGGGCUCCUACUUCCCUCCUAUCCCCGCCGAUACAAGCUACAGACCAGCCCACCGCGCCAAGUCAUCCCCCCUCGCUACACACUCAGUAGAAAUGCAGAGCAGUGCAGAUAUAACAUGGGAUUAUUCGGAGACAGAGUGGUGGGGCUGGAUUAUCCUCAUAGUGACGUGGCUCGUUUUCGUCGUAGGAAUCGGCAGCUGUUUCGAAGUUUGGAGCUGGGCGUGGGAUGUUGGUGAAACACCUUAUGCGCCGCCUGAGCUGGAAGAUGACCCUACAUUGCCUAUCGUGGGUUAUUAUCCUGCACUUAUCAUUCUCACGGCUGUUAUGUCGUGGGUUUGGGUUGUUGUUGCUUGGGUUGGCAUGAAGUAUUUCAAGCACGCGAAUAUAUCUGGUGAUGAUUGUUGA